AUGAACUUAAUUAACGCAGAUCUUGAUAUGAAAUUAAACACACAAGGUGUUGAUAAUAUAACUCUUGCAGAACUUAUUACUAACACUUGUUUGGAAUCUACAGAUCGUUAUGCAGUCGAUUUUAAUUGGCCUUCUUUUGAUCAUGCAAUUUUAACGGUUAAAGAAUUUGUUGAAAAACUUAAAAUUAAUCGAACAAAAAAAUUUGAUGUAUUUUUAUAUUAA